AUGAAGGACCCCUUUGCUUAUCAGUCUGAAGCCAGUUUAGAUGCCUUUGAGAAGAUGUUUAAGGCAAUGAGCACUGUGACUCGGUGGUAUGAGGCCCAUCCCGACGCGAUCGGUACUGAGCGGGAUAUCUCGAAUGUAUACCGGAGGACGAUUGAGGGCCUCCUAAAUGAAGCCGGUGUUGAUCAAGGAAAAGAAAUGCUUAAGGGGGCCAUGCACGGGGUGACACUCACUGUGAAACGAUCUGCCUAG